AGGUAGCAUUCGGUUCGUGUUCUUCCUUUCAGCCAUCAAGCAGCUCACUCUCCAAAAUAAUUUGACGUUUACAAUUAAAGCGACGAUGCCCAAGUGUGUUGACGGUUCAGCCUCGCUCGACCUAGACAAGACUUUUAUCAUACGAUUCGAUCUAUUUCUCCGUUUCAUGAGAGAAACACGGUCAUUGUUCUCGGUCCAAAAUGGGUUUUAGAAUUAUAAAAAUACCUUAAAAGGAGAUCGGGAAAUCCGACUCUCUGGAACAGUAAAUUCCAACUAAAAUGGAAAAUGCGCAGCGAUCACGUAUGAAUUGUGUAUAACUCGUCGGUGUCUGAGGCAAUCUUGGACUUGGCCAGAUUGAGGUUUGAUAAGUGAAAUGUGUUGUUUCCGAGUCAGUUAUUACUCAUAGGUACAAUGAUUAAAAAGAUACCGCUUAUCACAGAUUAAAAGAAUUCGUUAAACGCGGACGUACCGUACGUUUCCGAUCAACGUUUGAUUAUAUCUUCUCAUUUAUCGUGUUCGGAUGUAUUGUAGCUGUUAAUAAGGUGUCCAAUUUCCUGUGUUAUUCACAAUAUUAACUCGAGUUCGUUCCCUGCACCAUAUCUUGCCACUGGGGAUAAAUAUUCCGCACCGAUCAUAACAGCUGUGUAACCCUUCGAAACACAGGAAUACCGCAUCUAGUAAAUCUUACUGACAAAUAAUUGUAAGACCAAAAUGUCUGGCGGUGAGCGAAAAAAGAGAGGCGGAGGAGGCGGUCAAGGGUGGGAAGAAGCUGGCGCAGAAUUCUAUCAAGAAAGCUAUCCUGCGGCCAUAGAAGCUGACCUUCAGGCACUACAAAGAGAUCCGUCACACAUAGCCACGUUACUACCGAGCAAAAAAACCCGUGUCGCAACUACAAAGCGUGUUCGAAAUGAGCCGCGAACUACGCUUAGACGAAGAACAAGCACUCGAUCCCGUGGAGCAAGUACGGUGCGACGUAUGUCUACUAAUGUGCACGAUGUCGCAGUAGCGAUGCUGCCUGACCUCUCGGAAAACUUGUCCAAUGAGGAACGAAUUUGGGAAGAAAUAAUGCAAAUAAAGGCGAUGCCGAUUUGCAUGGCUCAAAAAAUACAGCUGAAACAUCAGCUGCAGAGUGCGACAAAACUGCGACUGCAAGGAUUUGAUCAGCUGAAGUGGCAGCGUAGAAAGGUAUGGCAGCAGUUUCGUGUUCGGUUGAAAGAGACGUACUCGAAAAUGGAACUGUGGCACCACAGUUUGAAAAAAAUUGAAGGAAACUUUGGCACAGGCAUUGUGGCAUAUUUUUUGUUCUUAAAAUGGUUGAUGUUCUUAAACGUACUGCUGUUUCUGCUGAUACUGGCUUUUAUCCUUCUGCCCACAAUACUGAUGGUGGCACCAGAGGCUGAGUCCUGCGUCUACGGUACCAAUUCCACAAAUGGCAGUGUCGCCUGCUGCUCGAAAGCAUAUCAGAACAUUAACACGAGCACAUCCACUGACAUCACUGACCUAGUCCAAGGUUCUGGUAUUAUGGAAUUCACCCUGUUAUUUUACGGCUUUUACACGUAUCAAACAUACGGUACAGAUGGCGAUGGUCUCAAGUACAACUUGCCAUUAGCAUAUAUUUGUACUAUCAUAGCGAUUUUCCUAUUGAGUCUGAUCGCGGUGGUCAGAUCAGCAGCUCGAGGUUUCAAGGAAAGAGUCGUGGAGGGGGAGGGCCAGUUUUAUCAGUAUUGUAACUUAGUAUUCGGUGGGUGGGAUUACUGCAUUCACAAUGAGAAGUCGGCGGUAAUAAAGCACAAGGCAUUGUACAACGAAAUGAAAGCAUUUAUAGAGGCAGAAAGAAUGGAGGAGGAAAGGCAAAAUCGAACACGAGAGGAGAAGAUCAAGUUAUUCCUGAUUCGUUUAUUAGUUAAUAUAUUUGUGAUAUCAGUACUUAUAGGUAGCGCCACAUUCAUCUACUAUAUUAUCGAUAUUUCUUAUGCUUCUAUCGCUUCGUACCCAGUGACCAGCAGCGAUGAGGGCUUUCAAAUAACACUCAGUAACAUUACACAGUUACUCUUCGAAUUUUUACCGUACAUGUGCAUCGUUGGUUUGAACCUAACAAUUCCAAUGCUAUUCAGGUAUUUGAUAGUUUUGGAAAAUUAUAGCCCUUUAGUUAUUGUGAGAGUAACAUUAUUGAGGACAGUCUUCCUGCGACUCGCUUCUCUGUGCGUCUUGCUUACGUCCUUUUAUAAGCUGAUCGUCCAAGAAGUUGGCGAGGACGAAUGUUACAAUAGCUCUAAUCUGCAGCCGGCCUGCUGGGAAACCUAUGUGGGUCAACAAUUCUUCAAGCUUUACAUAACCGACUUUUUAGUCCAAUUCAUUGUCACAUUCUUCGUAAACUUUCCACGAUCUAUGAUCGCGCGGCACACGGAAAACAAGAUAAUACGAUUUAUAGGUGAACAAGAAUUCGAUCUGCCCAAACACGUCUUGGAUGUCGUAUAUUCUCAAACAAUUUGUUGGCUGGGCUGUUUCUUUGCUCCUCUGCUACCUUUGAUGGCAGUCAUUGGUUCCUUUUUUCUAUUUUACGUAAAAAAGUUUGCCUGUUUGGUAAAUAGCACACCAUCGAGCCAGGUUUACAGAGCGAGUCGUUCCAAUUCUCUCUUCAUGCUCGUCUUGUUGCUGGCUUACACAUUGGCCAUCAUCCCAGUUGGUUAUGCUAUAGCUGAACUAUUCCCCUCCAAGUCAUGCGGGCCUUUCAGGGGUUGGGAUACAGUCUGGUCACUGGUUAUUUCAACUUUCAUGGAUUUUCCCAACUGGUUGCAAUCGAUAUUAUUUUUUGUCAGCACUGCUGGCUUCGGCAUUCCGGCAUUCAUUUUUCUAGCAUUGCUAUUAUAUUAUUACUAUGCAGUUUCCGCCGCUAACAAACACAUGAUAAUUGUCUUGAAAAAUCAAUUAGUACUUGAGGGACACGAUAAACAAUUUUUGCUGAACCGGCUGAGUGCCUUUAUCAAGCAGCAACAAGAUCAGGCAAAAUUUAGGCAGGAGCAAUCUAGUGAGUUAGGUAACUUUAUGCAGUAAUUUUUUUACAUCAGGCACUGAAAUAAAGCUGGGUUCACAAGAAGCGCUAUUAAAUAAUUAUCCAAUUAUGAUGAAAAAAUUUGGUUGUUUUCCAAAUAUUUUCAACACAACAUCUUGCCAGGUUGCCAAACUUGUAAUAUAGUCUGCUGUACAACGUCUAAUCGUUUCUCCGUAAGUUUAUGUCAUUUGAUCGUGUUCGAAUAUACCUUAUAAUUUAGGUGGACCACGGCUACAUGUUUUAAAUUGAAUGCUUUUAAAUUGAAUUGUAUUUAAAAAUUUGUACCUAUGAACAAGUUACACAACUGAUCUCUGGAGUGAGAUUACAUUUUUUGUAACCAAUUUUUUAUGAAAUUUAUACGAAAAAAGGUUUGCGUGGAAAAAGUCUGCCCAUAUACACACAUGGGAUAUACGUAAAUAUUUCCGUGUAGACUUUUGAUAUAAUGUGAAUAAAUAAUCGCAACUAUGAAUGAAUGAAAAAAAAAAUUAAAAAAUGUCAUAAUUUGUAGCAAAGCGAAUUACUAAAGCAAGGGCUUCGGUAUUAUUAAAUAAUUAACCAUCAAGAACAAACAUGUUACGUUCGUAUUGACAGCUUUUGUUGAUAAUUUAUAUUUUAAUAGAAAAGAUUUCUGUUACUAACGUAACCGUUUUUGAUAGCUUUACCAAGGAAGAAUAAUAAAAAGGAGCAUAUGAACAAGCACUGUCCGAAUUAAUAGGUAUUUAUUAUUUUAACGCAAAUUUUGGUUGUCGACAGUUGAUUUUGUCACCCAUAAAUAAUUCAUAAUAUAUUAAUCCGCCACAGUUGUGACGUGUAUCAAUGGGAAAUCGGUUGGAAAAAAAUAGGUGGCUGUGAUUUUUAUAAACUAUGUAAGUAUUCUGUAACGAAAAUUCGUCAAAGGCCAAUAGCUAUUCAUAAAUAAACUAUGUAAACACUGUCCUCAUAGAGUACAGAAGCCUCAACGAUAAUCUAGCGCCUAAUAAUUUAAUGUGUUUUUAUUCCAUCGGAAUAUCAGGGAGAAUAUUUUUGUCCAAGUUUGGCACUUCGAAUACUUGAAAACAGAAAAAAAAGAAAUUCAACGUAUCAACAUUGUCUUUGAUACUUGAAGAGAUACACAUCUGUUUUC